AUGAUGACAGGUGCAAAGAAGAAUAUAAACAGAAAAGAUAUUAUUUUUCAACAACGUGUUGAUUCACUUGCAUCGGAUUUUAAUCAAAAUAAAAUCAAUCUUGGUGAUUAUCUUCAAGGACUUUCUGUAUUAAUUGGAGCGAAAAUUCUUCGUGAAUUAUCCGAACAAAUUGUUGAACAAGAACAAAAUAAACAUAAUGAUUGUGAAAGUCAACGACCGAAAAAUUUAAUUACACCUCUUGUUUCAUCACUCAAUGAACAAGCGAAUGAUGAACAAAUAUCAUCUAGUCUGAUUCAGACAGAAAUAUUUGAUGAAGUUCUCAUGGCUAUCACAGCCGGUACCGAAACAACGUCAAAAGCGCUCUCAUGGUUCAUGUUCUAUAUGAGCAAACAUCCUCGAGUUCAACAAAGAAUUAAACAAGAACUCAAAGAACAUGACCUUGUCAUGGGAGACAAUGCACAUUCAUCAUCGCUGAGUAUAGAAACACUCGAAUCACUUGUUUACUACGAUUGUGUCCUUCGAUUAGCACCUGUGAUCGGUAUUACAACACGUAGAGCCAUACGUGAUGCAGUAGUCGAUGGUGUAUCGAUUCAUCGUGAUCCAACUGAAUUUAUUCCUGAACGAUUUUUGUUCGAAGAUAAAAAUCAUCAUCCCUAUGCAAUGGUUACUUUUGAUGGCGGACAUCGUGCAUGUUUGAGCUAA